GUUUGCAAUCAGCGAACGAGUACACAACAGAACGAUCUGUGGUGUUGUCGCCGGUGUUCCGGAGGGUUUGUGGACCAGAUCGUUGGUUUACUCACUAUUUAGUGUAACGUCCGCAGUCUUCGGCACUUCAGUAAAUUGUGACAGUUUCAGUUGAAACGCCUAUAGUAUUUAUUGUGUGCUCUGUACGAGGCAAUGGUAAGGACGAGAAUGAUACUGAAAAAUUGUCCAAGCUGUGAUCAACAAGUGGCCAUUGCCUCCAAACGGUGCCCUUGUGGGUUUUCGUUCAAUGCUCGUCAAACCAAUUCUGCCUACGUCCCUACCCCGGCUCCAGUAGGCCGCCCUAAAGGGAGCAAAAAAGGCAAACCCAGUGCGGCUGAGGUUCGGAAAGCCGCAGCGCUGGCCGCCUCGGCACAGGUGCAGCGACGUAGGACCGGCCGCGUACGACGGGAGAAACCGAAUUAUUACGACUCCUUGCAGUAUGAAAAGAAAAAGAAGAAAUCUAAGAAACCCACCAGAUCAACUAUUUUUAAAGGAAAGGAAGGCAAACAAGCGCAGUUGAUAAGUACCAAAGAUACACAAGUGUCCAGGGCAAAUCGACAUGCACAACGACGAGCCAAAAAGGAAGAAAUUGACGGAGGUGGUGAUUUGGCAGCGAAAAUGCCAUUGGAAAAGCAAGAAAUCGCUGCUCUGAUCUUGUCGGAAAUCAAUCGUAAAAUGGGUUCGGUUGUGUGGAAACAACCAUAAUUAAUCCAGUAAGGUAAUAGCUUACCGAUUACAGCGACUGCAUAUACACUCAGGCCCAGAUUAGCGGGGGAGCAAAGAGGGCAAGUGAUCCGGGUCCUCGCGAUACCUACAUAUCGCAGAGGUCUUGAGUGAUCUGAGAUAUAGAUUUUAAAGUAACGUAAAGCACCAGGUGUUCGGAACUUGAACGAAUUAAUAACCCACAAAAUUCAAUAUUACGUAUCAUAGCAGAGUA